GGCAAUACGUAAGCAAAAUCAGCACUACAUUGCCUCUUUUCUUUCUACCCCACACCAUCAACACGCAACCUCUUUCUCUCUCUCUUUCUCUCUCCUGCUUUCACCUGCUGCUCCAUCACUCCAAAACCGCGUUAUCUCUCCUUCAUCUUUUCCCUUGUUGUUGACAAGUAUUCUCUGCGCGUGUCCCAUUCCUUCUCCAAUUUUUAGCUUACAAAUUGUCAAUUUCAGAAACCCUAACCCUAAAAAAAAACCCCAAAAAAAUUCAAGAUUGAAGGUUCCCUAAAACCCACAUAGUAUAGUAUACCCAAGAUGGAAGUGAAAUUGUGGAAUGAUAAGCGUGAAAGAGAAAUGUAUGAGAAUUUUGCUGAGCUUUUUGCCAUUAUUAAGGCUACUGAGAAGCUUGAAAAGGCUUACAUUAGGGAUAUAAUCUCCCCAUCAGACUAUGAAAAUGAAUGCCUAAAAUUGAUUGCCCAUUUCAAAACCCUAUCUAGUUCAUUGAAGGACACAGUCCCUAGCAUUGAGAAAUUUGUUGAUGUGUAUAAGAUGGACUGCUCAGCUGCUUUGAAUAGGCUUGUUACUUCUGGGGUGCCUGCUACAGUAGAGCAUAGGGCAGCUUCUGCUGCUUCCUCCACCACUUCAGCUGCUACGGUGGCCGAAUGUGUUCAGAACUUCAUCACGUCGAUGGACUCUUUAAAAUUGAACAUGGUGGCGGUUGAUCAAGUCUAUCCCUUGUUGUCUGACCUCUCAACGUCGUUAAAUAAGCUUAGUAUAUUGCCACCUGAUUUUGAGGGGAAGACCAAAAUGAAAGAGUGGCUCGGACGCUUGUCUAAGAUGGGUGCUGCUGAUGAACUCACUGAGCAACAAGCAAGACAGCUUCACUUUGAUCUCGAGUCUUCAUACAACUCUUUUAUGGCUGCUUUGCCUAGUGCUGGAAAUUGAUUUGAUUCAUUUGGGUGAGCUUGUAAAUAAUUAUCUAUACUAUGUUACUAUGUGGUGUUCUUUCUAAUAUGUAGUUGAUGCAUGUUGUUGCUUUUUUUUGCUGAAAUGUGAAGGAUGAUAUUUGUUUCCUUCAAACGUUGGAUGGAUUUAUGAUGUUAAAGGUGUAGGAGAAUUUUUGUAACUUUGAAUUGACAAAAUAUGUUAAAAACUACACUUUGGUCCUUGUUUUA